AUGGGUUAUGAUCUCUAUAACCCUAUAUCACUUGGUAAAUACUCCUUUCUGGUGUUCCUUUUAACUAACCGGAAUGUUCUUGGUCUUCUGACUGCUGGCGUGAUUGUUGAAGUAGAUUUUCAUGUGGUUCCCAGGCUCCCCGCAACUUCGGUUAUGAGAGAGAAGCGGGAGAACAUUUCAUGGAGCACCUUCGAACCAGCCACCACAACUCUCGUCGGAUACUCGCCGCCCCUAGACGUUGUCGUUUUCCCUCCAUCCAAUGUCGUCGUAGUGUCGUCGGUGUCCGUCGUCUUCCACCCAGCCAGGCAGUUCGAAUUGUGGGUCGCCGCAGCUCCAGUGUUGGCAGACGAACCGAAGACGGCAUCGUCUUCCCUCUGGCCCAGCCAACCAAGGGCGCGUUUUGAAUAUCGAUUCCUCCCACCCGCUUCCUUCCCUGUGUCGGACCCUUGCGGUGGCCACCGGAGCAUCGCCGGAGUAUCGCUAGAGUGUCCCCGGACCCUUUCAAGUGGUAGCAAAGACAAAAUAAGUGAGGACUUCAGUCAAAUGUUUUGCACAACCAGGUCAACUACGUUGCAGGUACAACACUUGCACACUCCAAGCCAACCAAACUUGUAAGUUUUUAAUGCUUAUUUCUGCAAAUAAAAAAUUUUAUUGUUUCAUUUAUAUGUUAAAUAACAUUAUUUGUAUUUUGGACUUUGUUUGAUGUAAGUAUGA